AUGCGCGACAAACUUGGCACCCUACGUAAGCCUGAUGACGCUCACACGCCGGAAGAGACUGCUGGAUGUGUCCCCGAUCAGCCGAAGCCAGCUCCAGAGAAUUCACCUUCGAAGCACUCUACGGCAGAGCAGGCUAGAAGAGCAUUUGAAGAACUAGAAUGCUUGAUGAAUUUUGUUGACAAUGAUAUGCAGGAACUAUUGCAUAUACGGCGUCAGAUUAGAGAGAACGAAUUGCAGAAAAUUCAUUUCGAGCACCUCUGGCUGUUGUUUCAGCCAGGUGUAAUUGUCAUCUCCCCAAAUACUACUUCCAAACUGAGGGCCUACCAAGUGCUUCACGUGACUGGCGGACGCCGAAUCAUCGAUACCGAUAACCAUUCCAAGAGCGAAGGCCCGGAUAGCCUCGACAACAUGGAUUACGAUAAUCAAGAAGGAUACGCUGUCAUCUCAUCACGCCAAUGUAGCGACUUUUUUGUUGACUGUUUUUAUAUAGACUUCAACGGAGAAAGGUAUGGGCCGAGACCGCAACGGUUCGUUAUCUCUGAGUUUGUUGGCGAACGCCGUAUUUCAUCUUUGCCUAUCUAUCCUCCCAACCAGACUCAGGUCAAUGAACACAUUCUGGAUCGUCUAAGAGAGCGAGGUCGGAAGUUUGUGCAUUGUACCACAAGAAAAAGGCUCCUUUACAAUGGAGCCAUAUUACAAGAGUGGGACCCUGGUCACAGAGACACUUGUGGGGUUUGCGCUGGAAACUACGUAGGCCAAGAGCAGCGAAGCAGUGAAGUUAUCAUCGACCACGUCGCCGCCCUUGAACACUGUAAGCAGUCCGGCUGUACCUGGAAUCCGUCGUUCGGGGGAAGCGUGAUUGCAAAAGCCACCAAGGCCAACAGAAGAGAAUCUUUCGAGACCAUAGACUGUUCGAUACCUAACUGCAGAGCGUGCACCGACGUCUUUGAUGAUGGGGUGGGCGACCUAAAUUCCCGAGAUCAGUUUAUUCGCUCUUCUAGAAGCUUAAGGGCACUCCGUCAACAUGAGCUAGAGGACGAACAGAUCCUUCUACUACCGAACCGAAUAUGUGGAUAUUCUUUGCAAAGUAAUAAGUGGUACCCACUUUAUGUCUAUCUCCUCAUGUCAACUGAAGCACCGUCCGUCGGCCUAAACGAAAUCAUCCUUCCUGCUGGCCACAAGGAAAUGCUUACCUCGUUAGUCAGGGGCCAGUCUCCUGGAACCCGUGGAAUUCAAGAUAAUUUACCCGAUCAUCAAGACAUCGUCGUUGGCAGGCGCCGUGGUGUCGUUAUUUUGCUACAUGGAACUCCAGGAACAGGAAAGACAGCCACGGCAGAAGCACUUGCUGCUAGUCUCGAUAAACCACUUUUCUUGAUCAGAGUUGCAGCCCUUCGGGGUACAUCACGAGAGAUGGAACAGUAUUUGACUCAAUCUUUUCAUCUAGCAGAGCGAUGGGAUUGUAUCAUAUUGGUACGCGAGGCAGAUGCUCUCCUAAAAUCACGUACCUUCGCAGACCAUGAAGGGAACACUAUGACUUCAGUCUUCCUCGAUGCACUCGAGUAUUUCUCGGGAAUCCUUAUUUUUAAGACUAACCGAGUCGGCCAAUUCGACGAGGCCAUCACAUCCCGUCUUCAUCUUUCACUUCAUUAUCCCCAAUUAAACAUUGCCACCACAAUGGAGCUUUGGAAGCUAUAUCUCAAGCCUCUGCGUCGCAAUCCGCACCUUAUAGUUGACGAGAGUGCCAUCCUUGCCCUUGCGGAAUCUAUGCAUAGGCGAUUACGAUGCAAUGGCCGGCAGAUCAAAAAUAUUGUUGAUACUUCCGUAACCAUCGCGCAAGAGGACGCAGAACGAUCCAACGAAGAAACAGUGGAGCUGAGUGACAAACAUGUUGAAAUUGUCUUCAGAUCAAACCAGAUAUUCCGUGAAUAUGUAACAGGUAUUCAUGACAACAAUGAACCGCUCCAUGCUCUGGCAGGAGAGCCGCCUCUACCCGAGAGCGAAAUCAGAUCUGCAUCAACUUUUAAUCAGCCGAACAAGACACAACAGAUCAGAAGGCCAGACGCACGAGCUUCUACCAGUCUUUCCUUCAUCGUUGACGAGUAUCCUUAA